AUGCAGCCGUGGUUGCAAAAUGUCGGCAAUAUAAAUACCCCCAAAUCGCUCUUUAUUCAAGUAAUGAUUUUUUCUUUCAGCUGCAUCUCGAAUCUUGCCGACAAUUCUUUUGUCAGGUAUAUUUCUACAAUUUUUAAAGAUUUUUUGAUUAAUAUGUUGAGAACAGGACCGAAUCCUAAACAUAUAGCUUUUAUUAUGGAUGGCAAUCGGCGAUUUUCAAAACGCAAUCAUAUGAAGUUGGCCGAUGGGCAUUCGAAGGGUGCAGAAGUCUUAUUUGAAGUGCUCACCACAGCUUACCAACUUGAUAUUUCUCACGUAACCGUGUACGCUUUUUCCAUUGAAAAUUUUAAUCGUCCACAAGAUGAAGUAGAUACGCUUUUUGGGCUUCUUCGAGAUAAGUUGGCGAUUCUUGCCGACAAUGAAACGUCAUUCGCUCAAGUCAAUCAUGUCAAGAUCAAGAUCAUUGGAAAUAGAUCGUACAUUCCAGAUGAUAUAUUGUCACAGCUUGAGGAGAUCGAGAGAAAAACAAACAAACCAGAUUCACACAAAGUGUUGAACGUUUGCUUUCCCUAUACUUCACGCGAUGAUAUCACAGAGGCAAUGCGUAAGGUUGUGUCAUCGCUUGUUUCUUCUGAUCUCCAGCGCCAGGAUCUCAAUGAAGAUGUACUCCAGCAUCAAAUGUAUAUGGAUCCAAACACACCUCAAUUGGAUAUCUUAAUUCGUACCAGCGGCCAUACUCGAUUAAGUGACUUCAUGCUCUGGCAGUGUACAGCAAACUGCGAUAUUGAGUUUGUCGAAACCUUAUGGCCCGAAUUUGGUUUCUUUCAAUUCUUUCAAAUACUUGUCAAGUGGGGAUGGUCCAAAACAGCAUUGGCAGGCUGGAAUACAGGAAGAGCCAAAGUAUACGUGUAUGAACUUCCUCCUGCCCCACCCUUGGUUUCAGUGAUUGGCAGAUGA